AUGUUAGACGAUUUGAUCGACCGGGCGUGGAACUGUUUCACAAAAGCGGAUAAGAAUCCCAAGAUUCCGCCAGACAAAGAGCCGUCUUUGAUCCUGAAGAAACAUCAGAACAUACAUGGGGUGAUGACAUUGGACCCGGGAGUACUACCUGAUAGACAGCAGUUGGACUCCGAGUUUCAGGAUUUGUUGGUAGGUUUGAGUGUGAAGUUGAGGGGGCGUGGGUUAAAAAAUGAUUUUUAGGGCAUGGUGAAUUUGUUCUUGCAAGUAAGGUUGGAUUAGGGCUAGAGGCGAGGUAGGGAAGGGGUGUUUAGAAUUACAUAAGGUUUCAAAGGUAUCAACCUCAAUUCUUUCAGGAAGAACUAGACCUAGGACCGACCAAAGCAAAAGAACUGACCAACCAGAGCCCAGAGAAGAAAUGGCUAAUGAUAAUGGAGCAAAAGAGUCGAAAACAGAAUCAGAAUUCUGGAUUCUCAUUGGAUUUUACCUUAAGACAGCUGUCAGAAUGGUGUAAACACUUUCCCGACAAAUACUCGAUUCCAUUGGUGGUGCAACAACUUGAAGCAUUGGCUGUAGCAUUAAGAACGGAGAGCUUUAGCUAUGUGCAGGCUUUUAUCGAUCGAGAUGGAGUUACAUUACUGAGUGAUUUGUUGGAUAUGUCAAGGAAAUGCACUGCGGACAGCUUUGGACUUCCUAUUUUGACCUGUUUCAAAGCUUUGUUGAACUCAUCGGUAAGGUUUUAAGGGGUAUUUUGAUCAGUUUUUGUCAUAGUAAAGACGUAAGUAGUCAUAUAGUAAGGUCAUAUGCAAUAGUAUAUUAUAGUGACAUAUGUUUAUGUAGAUUUUAUAAGGAUUUUAAACGGCAGCUUCAGUAUAAGCUUAAUAACUACGCUGUAAAGCUAUAAUAUACGUAACAAAGCAAAAUACAGGUCAUAUAAUACACAGUGUGAGAUAUAUAAUAUUAUACAUAGUAUAAGAUAUAUAAUACACAACACACGUAUCAAACAUAUCACAUGCAAAACAUGCUGUAACAUGAUAUUCAUGUCGUGUUUAUCGGUUGUUUUCGCUAAAAAUGGACGGUGCGAAAUGACCUUGGCCUUUGGCCAUUAUUCAACCAGGCGGCUAGACAAAAGGCGAUUCGGCGGAAGCGCUGAAUAAAAUAAAUUCUUGCAAAUUUGUCGAUGAGACAAAAAAAUGUCUGGCCAGACAUAUGAGGGAUAGUAAUUGAGGGAUUUUUGAUUUUGGAAUUGAAAAAUAUUUGAAAAAGGGGGCUUUGUUUGAAAUUUUUGAAACUUUGGCUGGUUUUCGCCAUUUUAAUUUGAUUUUUCUAAGAAGAUUAGGGCAGGACUGUGCAGAAAAUUGCAUGGCCGUGUAGGGUAGGGUAGCAUAAGUGGUAGAUUGUAAAAAUAAUUUUGUAUUUUUUUGCUGGGGAGGAUAUUUUUGUCGAAAAAAGGGAAAGAGAUUGACGGAUGAAUUUUUUUUUAAACAGUAGUAAAUUAAAAAUUUUUUUUGGAUAAGAAGGGGAAGAUGUGAAUUUUUAAAAAUUGUGUUUACUUAGUUUACUUUGCUCUAUAAUACCAUACUCUGCAAAAUGGAGUUUUUUUAAAAACUAAAAAUUUUUUAUAAGAUUAACGAGGGCAUUGUCUGACUUUCUCAGUAAGGCAGGUUAAGUACUUUCCUCGUACGUCACUUUUCAAAACUAAUAUUAUAUUUUUAGGCCGGACGAAACUGUGUUCUGGAGAAACCUCGAAUACUGUUGACAAUAGUGGCAUCGCUGGACUUCCACAAUCCUCGUUGUCAGGUUGGUGCAAGAAAAAAGGUGCUUUUGCUUUGCUUUUUAACCCUUUUUUGUAACAGUUUAUCCUUAACCCUCUAGUGUAAAAGUGUAAUUUUGGGCUUUUAUUAUAACAGCAUAUUGCUCUUUAACAAUUUUAUUUUUUAAAAAAUAUUUUUGAGCUUAAUAAUGUAUGGUCGCUUUUUGGGGUAUUUUUUCUUAUUUUUACAUCGUUUUAAUGGCGAGGUGUUAAGAUAUUUGGCUUUUUUAGGGUCUUUGGGUGGAUUUAAUUUUUUGGUUUUUUAUACAAGGUUGAACCAAGAGUAGCGGGACAAUUUUUUUUUUAUUUUUUAACUAAAAAUUGUCCCGCUACUUUUGGUUUGACUUAAUAUUAUAUCUUUUUUUAAGCCGUGUCUUAUCAAGUUGUCUAAUUAUGAAUGA